AUGGUGUUUACGAAAGCAUAUAUUUUUCCUGCAUUAUUGGGAAUUUGGAUACCUCUAACAGUACUUAUAGUUUAUACUGUUGCCGUAUUAACGAAUCAUGUGACGCCUGUUUUACCUUACCUUAGUGAUGCUGGUUCGUGGGCCCCUGAGAGUUGUAUUUUCGGAAUUAUGUUCACUUUAGGAAAUCUAAUAUGGUUCACAAUAAUAUAUCUUCGAUUCAGACAAGUAGAAGACUUGCAAAGCAAAUACCAAUUGAGUAGCAUCUUGAACAAAUUGAACAAUUACAGUUUCUAUGCUGGAAUUAUAAGCAUUCUCGGUGGUUUGAUUGUUGCUAAUUUUCAAGUGAGGCAAACAUUUUUCGUUCAUUUAACAGGUGCGGCAAUUUGCUUUGGCUUUGGAACUGUAUGUCAGGCAUUACAAGCAAUUAUUUCAUUUAAAGUCUACCCACACGUAGGAAACAGAUUAUUAAACAUUUCAAGGGUAAUUGUUACAUUACUGUCUGUUAUUACUUGUACCAGUACAUCCGUAUGCGCGAUUUUGUCUUUUAGUCAAUAUAAAGGAAAUGAUAUGAACAAAUGGAAACCAGACGAUGGGGGCUACACUUUUCACGUCAUCAGCGCGGUUUCGGAAUACAUUUUGAUAGCCACAACUACAAUUAAUCUAGUUAGUUUUGCAGAAGAAUUUAAGUACAUUGAAAUACAUAAACCGAUAAUUACAAAUCAAGUGAUUGAUGACAAAUAA